AUGUACCACUACGACGACUAUGGCGUGCUGGAUACCACCGACCCACUUGAGUGGUUGGAUGCCUUUUCGCUUUGCCCCAUCGAUGUCGACGGAAGUCCUCCCCGGCGGCCACUAGUCAGCGGCGGUGACGGUGAGCCUGCAACUCACCCCGAACUCCACAGUAGUAGCGGCAGUGACGUUUCUAGCAGUAGCGAUGCCUCCUGCGACUCACUCGCCCGGGAGUCCUGCCACUCAUGCCGCUUCCUUUCCUUACAGCUGGAGGAAGACGAGGAGCAGUCGGCGCACAGGACGCGAGGCGCUCCCACUCUUAUGGACCGGUGGGGGAAGUUGACGCACGGUGCUGAUGGUGUACUGUUGGCGAGUUCCCUCUCCCGGGCAAAUAACACGUCCCCGACGCAGACGCGGCGAAACAGCCCGGGACGAAUCGCGGCGACGCUCCAGUGCUUGAACAGAGUCAACAGCACUGGCUGCAUUAUCGCCCGCCACUCCAUCACACUGCACCCGCGGCCGGGGCUGACGGUGGAGAUACCGGAGGAGAAUAAGGAGGAGUUUUGCGUCGAGCUUAUGACACUCAUGCAGCAAAAGUCGGAUGGUAACAAGACUGCGAGAGGCUCUGGAGAACUGCUCUUACCGCGUGGCGAUUUCAUGGACGCGGGGAGCAGUGCCAAUCGUAUUGAAUUGGAGAGGGAGGAGGCGGGCGUAGUCGCGGCCUCCAGAGGACGCGGGUCCGUCAAACUCAUCUUGCCCCCAUCCGCCACACGUCCGCGCAGCUCUCAAGCCUCCGGGAAUAUUUUAGCGGACGGCCACCUGUCGCGCGCACCACAGCCAAUAGAAGAAGGAAAAGAGGAGCCGGACAACGACGACAAGGAGGUGAAACCACGGGUGAAUCCGUUGAGCGCAUCCGAGGAGGCGCCAACCGACAUGGCAGGUCCCUCAGUAGCCGUCCCACGUAAAAAACAAAAGGGCGUGGCCGAUAAGGGACGAGCUGCUGGGAAAGUCAGGCCAAGGCGCGGGACGACGCACAGCGACAGUGCCAGUAGCGGUUCCGUGAAAAGGAGCGGGAAAAAGCCCUUGCGGGGCGGUUUCUUUUCCCGGAUCUGCUGUACUUCAUAA